AUGAGCAGGUGGAAUCGUAUACGAGGACCACGAGGGGAAAGUAGCCAGCCUGAGUUCACCUUUCAAGCUGUCUCGAUAGGUCUCCUCAUAGGUUGCCUGCUAUGCUUUACGAAUCUCUACUUUGGGCUGCAGACGGGGUGGAUUAGCAUGAUGUCGCUCCAGUCGGCGCUCAUCGGUUUCCUGCUCUCCAAGAUGCUCCCGACCCCGCUCUCGCCCCAGGAGAUAGUCGUCCUGCAGACGACCGCAGUCGCUACUGGCACGAUGCCUCUCGCCGCAGGCUUCGUCGGCAUUCUCCCCGCACUCGGCCUCCUCGACGAAGAGAAAGACGGCUCGCCGCCGAUCCACCUCUCCUGGCUCGCCGCGAUCGGGUGGUCCCUCUCCGUCGCGUUCUUCGGCGUCUUCCUCUCCCCUCCUAUUCGCAAGCAAGUGAUCAUCAAGGAGCAGCUCGCGUUCCCCUCGGGCACAGCGACCGGCCAACUCAUCGCGGUGCUGCACAAGAUGCCCCCACCCGGCACGAACACGAAGACGGCGCUCCGGCACCGGCACGGGUACAGCGCGCUUGAUUCUGAAGAGAGCACCGUCGCGGAGCGGGUGUCGCUCGAGUCGGAGCAAGACCAUGAUGAUGGUGAGACGGAGGGCGGCGUGGUGCACGACGAGCGCGAUGUCGUGCAGCAGCAGGGGUGGGCGGCGCUCGCGUGGAGCUUUUUGGCGUCUGCUGUUAUGACUUUGCUGGCGUACUUCUUCCCUGUUAUCUUCGCGAUACCCAUAUUCGGCACGUACUUGGCUCGUGAAUGGCUUUGGACGUUUACACCUUCUCUAUCAUACGUUGGACAAGGCAUGUUUUAUCCAGACUCUCGAGGACGUAUCAUCAUGGGCUUCCCGACGACAUUGAGUAUGAACCUCGGCAUGCUCGUCGGCUGGGGUAUCCUCUCCCCCAUCGCCAAGCACGCAGGCUGGGCGCCCGGGCCCGUCGGGGACAUGUCGACCGGCGCGCGCGGCUGGAUCCUCUGGGUCUCGCUCGCGAUCAUGUGCGCGGACAGCGCGGUCUCGCUCCUGCCCGUCGUGCACGAGUACGCGCUCAAGCUGCUGCCUUCGCACAACAAGGACGGCGCGGGGGAGAUGGAGGAUCUCGAGGUCGAGAGCGAGGACAGGCUCGUGCCGUUCCGGUGGGUGGGGUACGGGCUGGGGGGCAGUGUUGUGUUCGGGACGGUCCUUGUGUGGGCGGUGUUUGGGGACGAGGGGAUUAAGCCGUGGGCGACGCUGCUUGGGUUUGUGAUGGGUGGGCUGUUGAGUAUUCUUGGCGUUCGUGCAUUGGGAGAGACGGAUCUGAAUCCUGUUAGUGGUCUGGGCAAGAUCUCGCAGCUCAUAUUUGCGUGGUUGCAGCCAGGGAAUGUGGUUGCGAACAUUAUCGCGGGUGGUGUUGCUGAAGCGGGCGCACAACAGGCUGGCGAUCUCAUGCAAGAUCUCAAGACGGGCCACUUGGUCCAUGCCUCCCCUAGAGCCCAAUUUUACGGGCAGCUCAUAGGUUCUCUGCUGUCGAUCGUCGUCUCCAGCACCGCGUACAGCCUAUACAAGCGCGCGUACGAGAUACCCGGGCCCUCGUUCCCUGCACCGACGGCGUACGUGUGGCUGAGCCUCGCCCGCCUGCUGCGGAACGGCCAGCUCCCGGAGAACAGCGGCCUCUUCAUGGUCGCCUUCGGCGCCGUGUUCGCGCUCAUCUCGGGCCUCAAGACGUUCGCGGCGCGGCACGACCUCUGGUGGGCCAAGUACAUCCCGUCCGGCGUCGCGUUCGCCAUCGGGUUCCUCAACACCCCGUCCUUCUCGCUCGCGCGUCUCGUGGGCGGCGUCGUCGAGUUCCUGUAUAGGCGGCACGUCGCGACGACGGCCGGGGGCGAUAUCCGGCUGAUCGUGAUCGCGUCGGGCUUUGUGCUCGGCGAGGGUGUUGUUAGUGUUGUGUCGCUGGUGCUGAGGACGUGUGGGGUGGGCGCGGUGAGCUGUUGGGGGUGCGGGACGGGGUUGUGUGGUGGGUGUUCUGCGUGA